AUGGAGCCGCUGGAGACGAACAGCAGCUGCAGCAACGGCUCUCUGAUCACCCUUUCGUGCCUUUCCCACCGGGCUGUGUGCCAAGUGAUCAGCAGUGCUGUCCCAGCUGACUCCAUCCUGGACAAUGGCACUUCAGACAGCUCAUGGAUAACUCGGCUGGAAAACAACUAUGGAUUCUACAUUGGCCUGGGCUUGGCUGUCUUCUCCAGCUUCCUCAUCGGGAGCAGCGUCAUCCUCAAGAAAAAGGGGCUGCUAAGGCUGGUGGAGAAGGGAGGCACCAGGGCAGGAGAUGGAGGCCAUGGCUACCUAAAGGACUGGCUCUGGUGGGCUGGCUUGUUAACCAUGGGUGGAGGGGAAGCUGCCAACUUUGCUGCCUAUGCCUUUGCUCCUGCAACUAUUGUCACGCCUCUGGGGGCUCUGAGCGUGCUCAUAAGUGCCAUUCUGUCCUCAUAUUUGCUUGGAGAACGGCUCAACCUGCUGGGAAAGCUGGGCUGCCUGCUGAGCCUGGUGGGCAGCACUGUGAUGGUCAUACACGCCCCAGAGGACGAGGAGGUCACCACUCUGGAGGAAAUGACUUCCAAGCUGAAGGAGCCGGGUUUCCUGGCUUAUGCUGCAAUCCUCCUGGCUCUCUGCUUCCUCCUGAUCUUCUACCUCGCCCCCCGUUACGGCCAGAGCAACAUCCUCAUCUACCUCGCCAUCUGCUCCGUUAUCGGCGCCUUCUCCGUGUCCUCCGUCAAGGGUUUGGGAAUUGCCAUCAAGGGCUUCUUUGCUGGCCAGCCUGUGCUGCAGAACCCACUGACCUGGAUCCUGGUCAUCACUCUGGUGGCAUCCAUCACCACGCAGAUCAACUACCUCAACAAGUCUCUGGACAUUUUCAACACCUCUUUGGUGUUCCCCAUCUACUAUGUGCUGUUCACCACCAUUGUCAUCACCACUUCCAUCAUCCUCUUUAAGGAGUGGGUCACCAUGACUGUGGUUGACAUCAUUGGGACAGUCUGUGGCUUCCUCACCAUCAUUUUGGGGGUUUUUUUACUCCAUGCUUUCAAAGACAUGGACGUCAGUUUUGGGAAUUUACCCCAAGUCCUUCAGAACGAAGAGCCAGCGCCGGCCACCAGAGAUGACAAGAACAUCCUCAUAGAGGUGGACAACUCCAGCAUUGCCCCAGAGGACAAAGCCAAAGCACUUGCAUGAACUCUAAAAUCCACACCAGCGUCUGGAGAGGAGGUGAGAGACAAGGACUGAUCAGUGCUGCUCAGGCUCUGCUCAUCUAUGUUUAAUCACCUGCUCUGCAAAUAGGAGGACAAGAAUAUUGGUGAAUAUGGGCAAAACAUGGUGAAUUUUGCAAAAGCUGCUCACUCAGGCUCAGGGACACUCAAGCCAUGAAGUGUUUUUGCAGAGAGAUGGUUUUCAGCUUUUGGUUUUUUUGCGAGGUGCAGGAGUUUCCCUGAAGAAGUGUUAAUUAUUUUUAUUCGUUUGGGUUUGUUUUUUUUUUUUUCCCAGAGCAGCUCUGGUGUCCAGGCCUUGGUGAAGUCGCUGGGACUGACCCAGACCCCACCUGAGGAAGGGCAAUCCCUGCUCAGGCUGGGGAGCUCUGGCAGGGUUAAAUCCCAUGUCAAGAGAAACUCUACCACCGACUCCAAGACUUCUUGUGACAAUUUUUUCAGUCUGAAAGACCAAGUGGCUGUAAAUACAAAGUAUUUUUUCCCUCAGGAAAUAUCUUGACCUUGGAAAACCCCCCAAAUUCUUUGAGCACCAUGAGGUGUCCUUGCUGUCCUCUGAGAUGCUCACCUGAUUAUACCUGAGUGUGAACAUCACUGAGUAAAUAUAUUGUGGGGCUUUGGGAGAGAAUAUUAUCCAGUCUCCUAUUUUAAUAACAUUUCAGUGCUAUCUUUUUGGAAUGUGGAAAGGGAAAUAAAGGGUUUUUUCAAAAUAAAAGAAAAGUUGCAGGUCUA